AGUGACAACUGACAUUACAGAAAAAGUGUCAGUCAUUUUUCAAUUUGUAUAGGUAUUCAAGGUUUAGGUUAUAAAUUGGAUUAGAUUAAAAACGUGGUAUAUUUCUGGCUUUUGCAUCAGUGUAUCCGGUGUUUACCUAAUUUAUUUGUAAAAUCUCAAUCUCAGUGGUCUGAAAGAACAGAAAACAGCAAACAUGGAUUGGGACUUGAAAUACGGCGAAUUAGCGAAGGAUAAAGACUUCGUUAACAACUGCGAGAGCCUCAAGGAAAAUUUAAUGGAAGUACAAGAGGUACUGGACCAAUUGUUACCCCUUAAAGAACACUACGAUAAGAUGACACUGCCCUCACAAAUUGAACUCGAUUUAUUCUUGGCGUUCACCUUGAAUUCACUUCAUUGGAUUCAUUUGAGGAUACAAGGCAUCGACCCGACGAAACACCCGAUCAAAGAUGAACUCCAAAGAAUAAAAGCUGUGAUGCUGAAGUGGCAAGAAGUAAAAGAUCGAGAAAAGAGGCCAGUUGUGGACGUAGAAGCUGCGAAGAGGUUUAUCAAGAGCGGCCUGUAUGAUCCAUAUAAAGCUACAGCAAGACCACCUAAUAAGAAGAUCAAAUUCUCUGAUAAUGAUGAAUGAAUGCAAUUCUAUAAUCCAAAAUCAUUUAAGACUGAAAAUCAGGUUCCAAGAGAAUAUAAACAUGAAGCUCUCCAUAUAUCAAUAUUACACAUCCACUCAGUCAUUACUUCAUCUCCACUCACCAGACAUAUCCACCAAGAAGUUCUUCAAAUGAGUUCCAGUUCCACCUCCAAUUAGUAGAUAAGUAUUUAGCUGUAAUGUUAUUCUAGAUUGCCAAUAUGUUACUUGUGUUACAUUGUAGGUAUUUUGAUUUAGUCAUGAUAACUACCUACCCUAAGCAUUGUGUCAACACACUGACCAAAUUGUUGUGUUAUUUAUAAUAAAUUAAUUAAUGAUUUUCUUGCAAUGUUGUGUAGCCUGUACUCACCAAACAUUGAAUCCUAAAUUGGAAAUGUAGGUAUGUAUUGUUUAAAAAAUGUUGGUUUGAGAAAGUGCAGGGAGAUCAGAGUAAAAAAAGGUUUUUUUCUGUCAUUUGUGUGACCCAUUUAAGGUAUAUUGUUUGUUAAAUAAAUUAAGAAUAAAAAAAGGUAAAAGUUUAAUUUAAAAAAAAACUAAAAAAUAUGUUUAUUUAGUAUUAUAGCGUAGUAGCCUGGAUCUCUGUGUAUAUUGUACUUGAGCAAGGCAGGCUAGUUUAAGAUAUUUCGUUCUCAAAAUGUAUUCUGCAUGUUAGGUGAACUAGAUUUUUGUAUUCAUAAUUUUAAACAUUCAUGAAGAUUUAAAAAAAUCUGUUGAAUGAGUGUAUAAAUGCCCUGUUUUAGUCAUAUUCUAAGAUAAGCUGUUAAGAUUUUUCCUAGCUCUUAUUGAAAUACUCAUGUGUGUUUACUAUCGAAAUUCUUAGUACACAAUCAAUAUGUAUAUACAUGUACAUAAGUUUUUGAUAAAUAAAUACAUUUUGUAUCAUAAA